CUAUUAUUUCCAGUGAGGCGUUAUGGCUCUUGCACUGCCACAGCAGGUCAUUCAUUAUCUCUUCGGCUGCCCCGCUCGCCGCGGCGCCGUUCCCCGUUGCUUGACGCAGCUUAUCACCACGUUCUUCCACCUGCCGUCCAUCACGACAGACCGCGCCUUCCCCCGCGGUUCUGGCGAUUCGUUCAUGGGAAUUUCGUGCUCGCGCGACCACAGCCGCGGCCCUUCCUCCGGCACCAAGCUCCAGCAAAUGACCGACCGGCGCAGCAAGAUCACCAGCUCCUCGUCCGCCGACGUGCUCUCACCGCCAUGUUUCCGGCUACGAAGAGCCGAGGAAGAUCGUGGCCAACCGGAAGCAACGACGUCACCCGCGGGUCAGGAACGGAGACGACGACUCAGUCCAUCAAGCUGUGGUCGGAAACCAACCGAUCAGUACCUGCCCAGCCCCGUGGUGUGCGACUACGCCGCGGUAUCCACACAGAACAGUCAGUUUAGAAAGCACAUGGAAGACGAGUGUGUCGCUAUCCCCAAGUACAGAGCCUUUCCAGACGACCCGGCCGUUAGCUCUUUCUUCGGCGUCUACGAUGGCCACGGAGGAGACUUUUGCGCCAAGUACGCGGCCAAGUACUUUCACCAGAAACUCGCUGAACUCAUGCAAGUCAUGUACAGUGCAAAGAGAAGGCGGCCGUCCGAGGCCGAAAGUAGUAGCAACCGCAGCUACGUCACAUCCACUAGCAGCAUGGAUGACUGCUCUGAUGUGGAGGCGGACGUAUUAAGCAACGCCGAGAUCGAGAGCUGCUACGCCCAGGCCUUCUCAUCGCUUGACAAAGAGCUCGAGGACUUUGAUGAGUCAUCCGAGAGUGGCUCCACGGCCGUCACCUGCCUUAUUCGCAAGUACAAUGGCCGCACGACCUUCCACAUCGCCAACGUUGGUGAUUCCCGUGCCAUUUUCUACUGCGGCGGGCAGACGUCGCGGUUAUCAGUAGACCACAAGGCCACGAACGAGGACGAGGUCAAGCGGAUUCGUGCGCUCAAUGGCAUCAUCGUCAACAAGCGUGUGGCUGGUUCCAUAUCCGUCACGCGUGCACUGGGGCAGGCGGACGAGAAAAAGUUUAUCACGAGUGCUCCGCACAUCGCAUCAUUGGAGAUCGCGUCGGAUGACGCCUUCCUCGUAUUAGUGAGCGACGGCGUCACAGACGUCUUCAGCGACGAAGAAUUGACAGAGUUUGUCUCCAAGCGCCUCGCGCAGGGCGACAAGUCCAUCACUAUUGGCAAAAUGCUGCUGGAUGAGGCCAAGGCGCAAGGCUCCAUGGACAACAUGACUGCCGUCAUUAUCCGUUUUGGGGAGUGAGCUUGCCUUCAUCAACAAAGUAGAGCUAGUUACUAAGGCCAUUGGAGCCACUAAUUAUUGAAAAGCUUGCAAAGAUCAUGGA